AUGACAAAGAAUGAGCAGAACGAGGACAUUCAAACCUUCGAGCAUGGUCAAGUCGCAAAAGGGUCCAAGGACGUCGCCACUGGUGCGGCUGCGCUCGGUUUCGGUGGAGUGGUUGUCAGUGCGUUGCAGAAUGUGGUUCACACUUCAUCAAAGAAAUCCUACACGAGAACGGGAUCGACGAUUUUCGCUUUCGGGCUCGGUGGUGAAACGUACGGGCUUAUGGAUGUAUGUAUAUAUGGAGCAACGGACUAG